AUGACUGUCACGCGGGUUGCAGAAUCCCGCACGGAAUUUAAAUUAAAAAGUCUCCCGGAGGACGCUAUAUCAAGUGUUAAGUUUGCACCGAAAUCGAAUCAGUUUCUCCUUGUAUCUUCUUGGGACUGUUCUGUUAGGCUCUAUGAUGUAUCUGCUAAUAUUGAAAGGCACAAGUACAAUCAUGAACUACCUGUACUGGAUGUUUGUUUUAGGGAUGUUGUACAUUCUUACAGUGGUGGCUUAGAUCAGACGUUAAAAAUGUACGAUUUAAACGCCACUACAGAAACUGUAUUAGGUGACCAUAAGGGUGCUAUACGUUGUGUGGAGUUUGCUGCAGAAGUGAAUGCCGUGUUAACUGGAAGCUGGGAUGGAACGGUCAAAAUGUGGGAUAGCAGAGUGCCUAAUUGUGUAGGAACAUACAAUCAAGGCAAUGAAAGGGUUUAUACAAUGAGUAUUGUAGGAGAGAAAUUUGUAGUGGGCACAUCCGGGCGGAAGAUCUUUGUAUGGGAUGUGCGUAAUAUGGGUCAUGUUAAUCAGAGGAGAGAAUCGUCACUUAAAUAUCAAACCCGUUGUAUAAGAGUAUUUCCAAACAAGCAGGGCUAUGUCCUGAGUUCUAUUGAGGGUAGAGUGGCUGUUGAGUACUUGGACAGCAAUCCCGAAGUUCAAAAAAAGAAAUAUGCAUUUAAGUGUCAUAGAAUAAAAGAAUCAGGUGUAGAAAAAAUAUACCCAGUGAAUGCAAUCAGUUUUCACUCCGUUUACAACACUUUUGCAACUGGUGGAUCCGAUGGUUAUGUUAAUAUUUGGGAUGGUUUCAAUAAAAAGCGACUGUGUCAAUUUCACAGAUAUAACACAGCAGUGUCGUCUCUGAGUUUCUCUCAUGAUGGUUCGGCAUUAGCUAUUGCCUGCUCCCAAUUAGAUGAGACGGAAGCUGAGGAUCCAAAACCAGAUGACACGAUCUACAUCCGAUAUGUCACAGACCAAGAGACAAAACCUAAAUGA